CCGGAUAUGUGCAUCGGUACUUUCUAGAAUGAUUUAGCACCGUGUUGCUAGCUCUCUUCUGAUUGUAUUAAUAACUGCCUAACCAUACAUUUAGACUCAUUGGUGGUCUCGCAGCUGCCCUCCUGUAUAACCGUCUGUUCAGCAAACACUCCGGGUCGCUCGGUUUUGGCCGUUUGGUGAAAGAUAUCGUAGAAAACGCCGCUGCUAUCAUGUCCAGGAUAGACUACAGUGUUUGGGACCACAUUGAGGUUUCCGACGAUGAAGAUGACACCCAUCCCAACAUCGACACACCCAGUCUUUUCAGGUGGCGACACCAGGCUCGGGUUGACAGAAUGGAAGAGUUUAAGAAGAAAGAGCAAGACCUUGACAAGUCACUCUCUGAGUGCCGUCGUAAGUUGUCUGAGGCUCAGAAAAAAGUGCAGGAGCUCACCAUUUCGUCAGCGGGUGACGGUAAAUCCGACGUGGCCAAAGCUCAAGCUGAGGAGAAGAAGCUGAAGAAAGAGGAGCGGGACUGGGAGAGGAAGCUGGAGGACCACCGUCGAGAGGAGAAGAAGAUGCCCUGGAAUGUGGACACACUUAGUAAAGAGGGCUUCAGCAAGAGCAUUGUUAAUGUCAAGCCAGAACAAACUGAGGAGACCGAAGAAGAAAAGGAGAAAAAACACAAAACCUUUGUUGAAAAAUAUGAGAAGCAGAUCAAACAUUUUGGGAUGCUGCACCGCUGGGACGACAGUCAGAAGUAUCUCUCCGACAACCCUCAUUUGGUGUGUGAAGAGACCGCCAACUACCUGGUCAUCAUGUGUAUCGAUUUGGAGGUAGAGGAGAAACAUGCCUUGAUGGAACAGGUGGCUCACCAGACCAUUGUCAUGCAAUUCAUUCUGGAGUUGGCAAAGAGUCUGAAGGUGGACCCUCGUGGAUGCUUCCGCCAGUUUUUCGCCAAGAUCAAGACCUCAGAUCAGCAGUACAUGGAUGCUUUCAAUGAUGAGCUGGAGUCCUUCAAAGAGCGCGUCAGGGGCCGCGCCAAGAUCCGCAUCGAGAAGGCCAUGAAGGAGUAUGAGGAAGAGGAGCGGCAGAAGCGGCUGGGACCAGGAGGCCUGGAUCCCGUCGACGUGUAUGAAAGUUUGCCCGCUGAGAUGCAGAAGUGCUUCGACGAGAAGGACAUUGGGAUGCUGCAGGAUGUGAUCAGUAAAAUGGAUCCAACUGAGGCGAAGGCGCACAUGAAGGCUUGCAUAGAUUCUGGUUUGUGGGUGCCCAACUCCAAACCAGAUGACGGUGAUGAGAAAGAGGACGACGGGACGUACGAGGAGGUCAAACAAGAGCCAGAAGAAGCAGAGAAGAAGCAAUGAUUUACCGAGCAAAUGUAUUCCCACUCUGUAUCUGCAACUUCACCGUGUGUCUGUCAGCUCUGCCAAGUCUUCAAGUCGGGUGUGUCUAGCUCAACUGUACUGCAGUAGCUUACAUUUAAACCUGCGCACCUCCGCUGCAGCUUUACCUCCCGCUUGGGAAAGAACUCUCGUUUUAACAUUUAAAAUGUGUUUUCUUGCGUCUGUAUGAUGCACGUCAUCAGUGCUGACACAUGGAAUCUUAUUACGUUGUCAGCCGUUAGAGUUAAGUGUUUUUUUCCCCCUCAUCAUUUUAGAUUUUUUUUUGUUUCAGUUAUAGGGCUUGGGCAACUGUAACUUUCCUGAGUAACAUUUUCUACCAACUUGAUUGAGUAAAAAAUAAAAUGUAUGCUGCAUCUGAUCUCUGUGAUGUUUUGGCUUUGUCAUCAUUUGGGGCGCCAGUUUAUAUCUGAAUUAUGAAACUAUGGUUUUAUAUGAUAAUACUGUGAAAGCAAACGCAAGAAACAAUUUAAAAACACCAGUGCACAAACAUAUGUUUAUAUCAUCAGCAUAAUGCACUUUAUUCGUCGAAAUUAUCUGUUUUUAGGG